GGGGGGGUUCGGUUCCGCGCGUCGGGCCGGGGAGCUACAGCUUGUAGGGCUCGUUCGGCAGGAAACGCGGAGGUUCUUCUUCGUGUGGUGACGGCUCAGGAGAGGAAAACCUGCGCUCGACGCCAUCACCGCGACCCCCAGGAAAGAAAGGACGCCGCGCUCGCGCCUUCAUCGUCGCCUUGACCUCCUCGCGGCAGACGGGGCACUCCUUUCCCACGAACUGGCCGACACAAUGGCUGCACAUGGUAUGGCCGCAGGGCACGCACGCCGUGUCCCGGUCUCGCUCGAGGCAGCAGGGGCACUCGUUUGUCCGCACCUGUGGAAAUCAACCAGUGAGUCGCCACCCAUCGAGCAGAGGGGGACACCGCGCGACCCGCGGGCCAACACGGCCGCGCGAAAGCCAACAACGACUCGUAGUAAGAAAACACAACUACAACGAGUCAUAG